AUGGUUGAGGGAACUAAGUUCACUAGCGAUCUUUCGUCUAUGGAGUAUGAGAGCGCGCAUUUUCACGGCGUUGCUGAAAAUACACCAUAUGUGGAAUGUCGCCUUCCAGAAAAAGAGCAGAAUGAACAUCUCAAUCCAGUGUUUUCCUUGAUCUAUGAGGGACCUGCACAGGUUGUUUUGUCGAGAAUUUCUGGACGUCGUUCCGUCCAUGCAGAUUUGCCAUUCUACCUCGUGCCCCUCUUCCUAUACGAGCCGUCGACCGUUGAUGAUAUCCCUCUCGAGUUGGGAAAGGGUAUUUAUAUCGAUCUAAGGGUGCUGUUUGUGGGAAAGGCGGUUAUGUCGACUAUCAUACCAACACGCUUCAUAGCUCACUUUGAUCCUCCUGCUAUUCUCCCAUGUGCCGACGAGGAUGGUAGCUAUAGGAAGAUCCGGACAGUCCCCCAUCUUGGUUGA